AGUAGCAGUGAGGGGAGUGGCGUAAGUGCCUCUCUUGGCUCAAAGGCACUGCGGGAGCUGCAAGAUUUGGAAGGCAGAAGGGAUUGCUAAGACCACCCAGCCUGAACUUCUGCACAGCCAGGCCAGGGGCUUCAGGGUCCCAUCUUUUUCUCUGGAAUAGAGCAGAUCUUCUAGAAAGAGUCAUUUAAUCUCCAUGGAGGAACUGCAGGAAGUGCACGGCCCCCUGCAGAAACCCAGAAAGGCAGCUCCUCAGACCAGCGAGGAUGUGGUCAACGGCCAUCUUCCCCCUGGCUGGCAGAGCUAUAUGUCUCCCCAGGGUCGAAGGUACUACGUGAACACCUUCACCAAUGAAACGACCUGGGAGCGGCCCAGCAGCGUGCCCGGGACGCCCAAGAGCCCUGUGUCACAGAAGAGUUCUGCAGUGAAUGGCUACCACAUCUCUGGGACCCCGCUACACCAGCUCGACUCUGGCCAUAUGAGCCUCCGAAAAGCCAGCGGGGACCCCCAGAUAAACUGUGUGACUUUCCCCCAUCCUGACGUAAUGCCAGAGCAGCAGUUGCUGAAGCCUUCAGAGUGGAGCUACUGCGAUUAUUUCUGGGCUGACAAGAAGGAUUCACAAGGGAACAAUACCGUGUCGGGAUUUGAAAUUCUUCUUCAAAAGCAACUUAAAGGGAAACAAAUGCAAAAAGAAAUGGCAGAGUUCGUUCGAGAAAGGAUAAAGAUUGAGGAGGAAUAUGCUAAAAACCUGUCCAAACUGUCUCAGAAUUCCUUGGCUGCUCAGGAAGAAGGCACACUGGGAGAGGCUUGGGCCCAGCUAAAGAAGAGUCUUGCUGAUGAAGCAGAGGUUCAUCUGAAAUUUUCUUCUAAGCUUCAGAGCGAGGUAGAGAAACCCUUGCUCAACUUCAGAGAGAACUUUAAGAAGGACAUGAAGAAGUGUGACCACCACAUCGCAGACUUACGGAAGCAUCUGGCCAGCCGCUACGCAGCAGUUGAAAAGGCCCGGAAAGCCUUGACAGAGAGACAGAAGGAUCUGGAAAUGAAAACGCAGCAGCUAGAGGUGAAGCUCAGCAACAAGACAGAAGAGGAGAUUAAGAAGGCGAGGCGGAAGUCCACGCAGGCGGGAGAUGACCUGAUGCGUUGUGUGGAUCUUUACAAUCAAGCCCAGUCCAAGUGGUUUGAGGAAAUGGUGACCACCACUCUGGAGCUUGAGAGACUGGAAGUGGAAAGGGUGGAGAUGAUUCGGCAGCACCUUUGCCAGUACACACAGCUGCGGCAUGAGACAGACAUGUUCAACCAAAGUACAGUAGAGCUCGUGGAUCAGUUGCUUCGGAAAGUGGAUCCUGCCAAAGACAGGGAACUGUGGGUAAAAGAACACAAAACUGGAGAUAUCCGGCCUGUGGACAUGGAAAUAUAGACUGAUCCAUACCUGUAUGUGAUGAGUCCACUGAAUUAACCAGGCUAAUGUUUGUUUCUUAAGGGUCAGAAGAGCAUAGGGAAAAGGUUGUUCCACUACCAGACACCUUGUAAUUUAUGCCUGUACGGGCUCUCUCUGUUACAUUUAGUCAUUAAAAUGGUCCUCGUUGUGCUAAGCCUUAAGCACCAGACAUUCCAGGGUGAAGAAACCAGAUGUGUGCUUCCCACCAGAGGUUCCCAAUUGCACGCAGCUUCCAGAAGAAAUCUGCUUUCUGGUACAGAGUAAGCUCUGUUCUCCAGUGACCUUGUGCUACAUCCCUUGCAUGACUAUCUUUAUACACUAUGUUAGAACAACCACGCAGUGAGCCUCUGGCCAGCAAGUAGGUAACUGUUUGAACAUGAUGCAGGAGGCAAGGAAGUCCUGAUCAUGAAUCCCAGGUCUGUCACUGACUGCUUUCAUGGCCAUAGGCAAGGCAAUUAACUCUUCUGGCUCCCCCAUCUAUAAAAUACGCGUAUCUCGCAGCAGUGUUGUGCGAACGCAUUUAUUUCACAUAGCAGUUUCCCACCAUGGCAGUGAAGUGAUGGCCCUUCUCCCAAAUCUACGGAGAAGACUCGGGUUCUUCCUGUUUUAUACUCCCUCUCAGGGAUACAUAAACCCACUAUCUUCAUGAUUUCUGUUGUAGGCCAAUCAAUGAGGGUGAAAGUGUUACCAUCACCGUUACGGAUCAGGAAAGACUUGGUUGUGCUAUACCUACCUCAUGAGCUGCCUGAGUGCCCCCCAUGACAGAAAGAGGUUAUAUACCAAGGAAUAAAUGAGAUGUUCAAAACCUUUCCUGCUUAUGCAAGAUGUAUCCUCACAGAAUCUCCUUAAAGACAGUCCUCGAAUAUUUUAUUUGGGAUCCAGGUUUAAAUUGACCUUUGUUGGUUCCUUCAGGUGGAUAUCACAGCCGUUAGGUAUCUUUAAUUACCAAGAUUGUCCAGCUAAAUUGUGGGGUUUAUCUUUUCAGAGCCUGAUUUUCAAAGGUGCCGUGAAUCUGUGAUGCUAGAUUGCAUUAAAUGUAGAUGUAGGUGCCCAGCACUUCUGCACCAUCAGAUCCUUAACCUUGGGUUUUUCCUUUGUUACCCUUACCGCAAACUACCAAAUAUUCAGCCCUGCUCUUGGCACACGGUGUUAAGUAGAUGGGGACUGGUUCUGAAAAGGUGUUCAUUUUCUUCUCCUGCUGUUAUUUCUGAUUAAUUAUUCAGUUUUGCUGUUAAUGCACUUCUCAGCAUUUCGUACAAUGCCAAGAUUCUUAAGAUUCUUGCUUCAGAUCCAGCAGUAACCUUGAUUCUCACCGCUGUGGCCUUUACUCAGUGUUUACUGUGUUGUUGUCUGCAGGUUCCCAAACUGUGCUGUUUCAUUUGAUCCACAGUUAGGCUCCACUUUUUCUCACUGGUACCAUCCUUUUUUAUUUUGUUCUACUGCUGUUCAGGGGUUUUGUUCACCAGCCUCAAAGUGCUCUAAUUAGAUCAUUGAGAAUUAAUAUCCCCCUUUACAAAUGCAAACUGAGACACAAAGGAGUCUUACCUGAAACACUUUUUUAAUAUUGCUGCAGUGAUUUUUUUCCUGGUUUGUUCCCUUUUUCUCAAACCAUCUCUUCAGCUGUAGAUUUGUUCCUGUCUUGCAAAUGCCUCCCCAGCCCACUUCUCAGCUGCUUCAUUAACCGCUAUGAACCUUUGGGCAUUGGCAGGUGCAGUGGCGUGACCACUGCGUGCGCAGGAUCGCUCUUCCCGGUGGGACACCUCCAUACUGCGCUUCCAUUACACACUUCUGAAUUUGCAACUGCUGUUCCAUUCUCGAUGUUGGAAGUGCCCAGCACACUCUUCUGUGAGUCUCACCCAUGUUCCUGCACAGACCAUUGCAAUACAGAUGAAGCUUGGUGUACCCAAGUUUUGCAUGGUCCUUAAGCUCCGUUGGAGUUCGUGUGCUUCCAUGGACUCCUCUUCUGCUGCUCAAGCAGGGAAGUCUUGUGAUGAUCUUUUCAGUCUUCCUAUCGAUUCACUCUCUGUCCUGUUCAUUUUUUUGGUGUACCAAUGUAUACUUUUCCUAUCUCUACCAUGCACUUUGGAGGACAGGCACUUUUUCUUUUUUUUUUUUUAUUAACCACAGGUGCAGGGUGAGCUUUCAAAACUUCAAAAUAACUGGAGUACUUAAGAGCUGCAUCUCAGGUUGACCCCUGUAUUCUAAGCUGUAUUGUAAAUUAAAUUGAGCAAUCUUGACACCUUACCACAUUCUUGUUUUGAUUGCAAAACCAAGCUAGUUGUGCACUUUAUACAGCAUUCUCCUUAAUAAACACCUGGAAUAAUCUGUUACCAAUUAUACUUUAUGUUUCCUCUUGCUUUAACGCUGUUUGUUAUUUUAUCUAUUUUGGACUGGAAAUACUGUCCAUUAGCACAGGUUUCUUGGAGGACUGAAAUGUAUUUUGGUUCCUCUGCUAAGGUGUAUUUAAGCUGCUCUCAAUUUUCAGUUGUCUUUUUGGGUAAAUUUUUUUCCCUUUUGUUUUAUUUCCAGGCAGUUUUCCUGUCUGGUCCAUUUGAGAUGCUGCAGGGAGGUGUGAGCUGCACAGAAUGAGACUUCUCUUGACGGCAUCUGUAUCUCUUUUUUUUUCCCUUUGAUAAUCUGAGCAGAGCACUUGUGCCUGGCUGUUAAUCUUUACCAGGCCCAGCAAACUCUGGCAUGGCGCUGCCUGGCAGUGGGUAGGAUGCUCCCUCUACAGCAAGACUUCCAUCUGUAGUCAGUGGGAGCCAUAGGGAAGUUUUGCUGUUGCUUGUAGACCGUUGUAGUUUCUGCUAUUUUAGUCACCAGAGGUAUCAGUCUUUUUUUGUUGAGUGACGAGGCUGUCACAUCUCCAUAUGGCUCUGUGGUCAUGGAGCAGAAGGUCAGCUUUCGAUGAGUGCUGUUUGCUUUCACCUGAAGAGGUACAAUUAGUGGGAAUUGGCCUCUGUUUCUUAGCUGGUAGCUCCGCCUGUGUUUCAGGAGUCCUGCCGCUCCCGUGGAGCUCCCGCUUGGUCUCAGCAAUACUGUUGUGUACUUGCCUCCUGCUGUCAAGCCUCUGGCUCCCUGGUGGUCCCUGCUACAGCUAGAGCCUUUUGGCCCUCGUCUGAGCUCAAGGGCUUCAUGAAUUCCUGCGGCUUUGAAUCCUUUGGGUGUCCUGACUCCCGUGCCAGAGCUGGUGAGGUGCUUACCAGCUGUAACCUCAGCUGUCGUACAGGAUGAGAACAUCUUAUUCGUCAUCCAUACCAGCCUGCCUAUGUCUUCAAAGCCAUCUUCUGGCACAGCUUACUCAACAGAGACUCCUUGCUGGAAGGCUUUCUCUAAGGUAUUUCAACUUAUUUCCUAACAGAACUCAUUCUGGAUCCAGUGCCAUUGGCUGAUUCCCAUUGGAGUUAAUGAGCUGAAAGCAAUGAGUCCUUCACAAAAUGGGCCAAGUGCACUCUUCUUCCAUCGCUGGCAAGAUUCCAGUUGCUGUCAUAGGACAACAUCCAAAAAGGCCUAAUUCUCACAUUUCCAAUCUGUUCCAGAUUCACUCACAUCUGUAACUCACAUUUGUUCAUCACUUCUGUGUGUUGAACAUCUUUUGAAAGACUUCAGCUGUUCCCUUGUAGGAAUGUUAUUUAAUUAUUUGACACUGGGAUCUUUAGAGGUAGCUUUAAUUUUUUUUUUUAAUGUUAAAGUAUCUAUCGUAACAGCAGUGAAAGGCUCAUGGAAAUCCCUGUUCUGUCUCUAGAACGCUCUCCCCACUCUGCAGCCCUGCCUGAGCUGCGGUGGGGGAGCUGUCUCCACCUGGUGUUGCACUGUUACAUUAAGCACUGAAGUUGUUCUUCCCGUUGUCAGCAUGCAGACCUGUGCUCUGCUCCUCUUGGUCCUCUAUGCAUCUGGGCAGUUCCGUGGUGCGGAAUGAGCUGCUGUUUGUUUAACUGCCAGCCCCGUAUGGUACUGUCAGCGUGUGUAGCUGUCUUGUGGCAGUGAACUGCACUCAGAUCACCUCUUUUGUUUUGUUUUUGGUUUGGUUGUUUUUUUCCUAACAGGACUUUUCUGUAAAGCAUUCCCAGGAAAAUUUUACAUGCUCAGUAGCAAUCAUAAUUUCUCAGACCUUCUCAAGAACCUCUUCAAAUUUGUCUCAGUUCUUAGUGUCAUUAUUUAAACAUUUGCUGCAGUUAGACCCUUUAUGUAGAAAUGUGCACUCGUUUCACCUGCUCUUUGGAAGUGCUUGGCACUCAGAGUUUUCUUGGAACACAACAGGGAGCAUGUGGGCAAUAAGAGACUUUGAAAACCAGGCUUACAAAUAGAAUUGCACAAGCCUCUCUUUUCUGUAGUUGUUGGGUACAUGUGUAAGGUAAACACGAAAAAGUGAGCACCUCAAAUACUUGAUGUACGAGACCGAGCUGCUGUGCGUGCAGUUCCCAGCCACUCCAGGAGUGCUCCAGCGUCAGGCUGUGGUAGGAGCUCAGCUCUAGAGCACGGGCCAGCAGCUCACCCUCUGAUGCAGCUGUAAAAGCCCAAACCCAAAAUUAAGUGAAAAAGUAUGUCUGCCCAUAUAUUUCUUCAGUCACAUACAGGGAGAAAAAGCACUACUUGCCCAGGUGGGUCCUUCACUAUCAAGCACCUUAAGAAAUCCAGACCAGCACCUUGAAGGUCCCCCUGGAGUGAGUAGAUGUGACUCUUGGUGUGAUCAGUUGAUUGUUUCCUUCUGAAUCAAAACCGCGUUUGCUGUUUUGUCAUAGUCAGUGUGCAUUUUUGCAUGCGUGUAGCUUGCUCGGUGUGUACCGAGGUGGCAGUCAGAGCCUGGUGUCCUGAAGGUGGUCCUGGUCGCCCUUGCGUGUCUGCUUUAUGAAAACCAGGUCUUCAACAGACAGUGUCAAAGAGGCAGUUUUCAAAAUAAUGAGCUCUUCUGAUGACAGACCAUUCUGGAAAGCCUGUAGGCUUCUUGCUACCCAGCACAUGUUGAAAUAGGAGGUUGCUGAGGCAUUGCUGUCAAUGGUUCUUGCUGUGUGGACAUUUCUCCCAUGCUGGUGUGGCAGCAGGGAACAGCCAACGGGCGUCCUAUUGGCACAGCAGAGGUGUCUGACAUUUACCAGAGAGCCUGCUGGUGGCAUUUAACUUAACCAGGCAGGCAAUAGUCACUGGCAGAUUCAAAUUAAAAGCAAGACACAUAGGGCAGGAAAAUAUUUAGCUGCCCCAGUGGCACUUUUGCUUCUUGACAUGAGGCACUCGUCUCCCUCAGACCCUGACAGGUCCAGUAAGAGCCCCAUCAUUCUCCAAAGUCUGUUUAGUGCAUGAAAAUCGGUGAUGAAACGUUCCCUUGUAUCUCUCCAGCUAGCACCUGGUGGUGCCAGCAGGAAACCAGGAUGUGGCCGUGCCACACUGGUGACCACGGAAUGGUUUUGGCACGUGGCAGCACUGCAAUGUCCCAUGCCCUCGCACUGAACUGGUUGUGAGCCAGUGUGGGUGUCCCCCAGCAGCUUGAAGUACGCGGUCUUUCUGUUGCAUAAUGGUGAUGAAGUCUUUUCCGUCAGCAAAUCCUCAUCUUUUCCUGAGAAGCACUGCUGUAUAAAUAAUGCUCAUUACUUUGUCGUAGGUCUUACUCAUGUAAACGUGCAUAUUUCAAUUCCUACUUUUUCCCCUUCAUUCUUGCUGUGGCCAACCCUCUAUCACUGAGAUACACCAGUUCUCAGGAGCUUUUCUUAAUUUUUGAAUUUUCAUAGACUGUCUCUGUUGCUUUAACGUGCUGACCACACUCCAUGCUUCUGGAUGUUUUCUGAGAGUGGUUAAGUGCAUGGCUUUUGGAGGGGUUAUUUUGCCUUUUGUUUUAGAAUUUUCUUCUCAGCCACCAGGUUUGGAAGUGCAAUGACUCUUUUUUUGUACUAGUCACAGUUUAGUUUUCCUUCCUGGACAUUUUUUCUGAAGGGACCAACACAUAGCACAAUUUGACUGAAAUUUCUAACCCCAUGCAUUCCUCAAGGCAGAAACCUUUUGUGCCUAAUGAUGCAUCUGAUUCUAAGAAUUGUAUAUGGGUGAAAUCUUUCAUAGACCAAUUAAAAAUAAGUCUUGGGUUAAUCACAUAAUAAUCACAGAAAAAAUACAUAAAUUUGAAACAUUUUAUUCCCUCAGCUUACAUUAAGUUGAACUAUUUCAGGUGCAUCGUAAGAGACGAGCUCAGUGGAUAUUCAGAAUGAAAGCUUUUCCGCUGCUGUAUUCAGGUUCAGCGAGUGAACAAGACUAUAAAUUUGAAUAUAUGCAGUCUUUCAGGGCUACUGAUUUAACAAGUAACGGACUAAUGGCUUGUAUCACAACCCUACUAAAAUUCUGCUACUAGUUCCCCUUGAAGUGCCUCUUCAGAUUGUAUCUGCUACAAGCCUGUGACGUACACAGGUUCACCCUACCAAUUUCCCAAGCUCGGGAGCAGCCAGCACGCACGGAUCUGUGCAGGACUCUCAACCCCCCUUCUGUGCACCGUGCAGUCAUUCAGGACACCCAUAUUCCCGGUAGACCCGCCACGGUCUCGCCAGUCGUUCACCGUCCAGCAGGGCCAUCCUGAAUUCUCGGUGGUGGAAAAGGAGUAGGAAAUGUUAGACUUAAAAGCAACCGCACUGAAGGAGCGUCGCUAACCUAAUCUUCUGACGCAUCUUUCACUGUAGGGGUCCCAGUAGAGUAAGCAGAGAGUUCCACAUAAAAACAGUUGAGUAAGUGGCAUUUGGGGCCUAAGUAGGCCUUUUUUGGGUAAAAGAAAAAGACUUUUUCUUAAAGCAGUUGCUGAUAAGAAAUUUUCUGGUACUGGACGCCUAAAGCUGAAUAGCAGCUUCAGGGAUCUCCCAUCUGCACGACAUGACAAUCAGUCCUUUGAAUUUGGGAAUGCUUGGCCUGAAAUCCCUUGUCCCUGUGGAGUUUUUUGAUGUGAUGGCUGAGAUUUUCAGAAUAGCGUAAGGCAUUUGGAUGUCCAUUUACCACUCUCUUACUUCAGCAGGUCAAAAACACUCUUUAGGGACAGCAACCUCUCUCCAUUUUGAGAAAAGCAGGCGCUAGUAUUGGACAAAAUCUCCUCCUCCUCCUUAGGUGGUUUCCUUUCUUUUGGCAGCCCAAGACAGUGUGAAAAAUCCACUGGACGGCUUUGCAGGCAUUCUAAGAGCAGGGAUUCAAAGGCAGGCCAGAUCACCAGUCAUACACUAAACCAGAGUUUUCUACUAAAACCAACUUGCUUAUUUGGUCCUUUUUGUGUAACUUUUGCUAAAUACUUCUAAAUUUCUAGGAAAGUUGUCUUUUGCCAGUACUAAUGACUUAUUUUUAAAGAUGUUUAAUGAAAAUUUUGUAAAUUCCCAUAAAUUUUGGCUGAAUAGACCCCUUAAAUAGUUUAUGUAUUAUGCAGCCUCUGUCUGGGUAACUAGUAAAUCUUGGAUCAUUGUGCAAAUUAUAGGAUGGCUUUUGUUCCGUAAGCAUACAUGAAGGAAUCACUUACUGAACUUAUGAAGUUGAAUGCAGAAAAGGUUUAAGGGGCAGAUCUUCAGCUCAGGUAAACUGGCAGAGUUCAGUGGAAGCUGCUUUAUGUCAGCUGUGGAUCUCGUCCUUCAGUG